GUGCCCCGCGCUCCUCCCCGCCCGCCGCCGCCGCGCGCCCCCGCCGGGCCGGCCUCCCCUCUCCGCGCCGGCGGCUUCCGGCCCCGGUCGCCGCGCCGCCGCAGGAAACGGAAGGCGGCGCGAGCCAUGGAGGGGAACCGGGAUGAGGCGGAGAAGUGCGUGGAGAUCGCCCGGGAGGCCCUGAACGCCGGCAACCGCGAGAAGGCCCGGCGCUUCCUGCAGAAGGCCGAGAAGCUCUACCCGCUGCCCUCGGCCCGCGCACUACUGGAAGUAAUUAUGAAAAAUGGAAGCACAGCUGGAAAUAUUCCUCAUUGCCGGAAACCGUCGGGGAGUGGUGAUCAAAGCAAGCCUAACUGCCCGAAGGACAGCACGUCCGGUGGUGGCGAAGGUGGAAAAGGCUAUACCAAAGACCAAGUAGAUGGAGUUCUCAGCAUAAACAAAUGUAAAAAUUACUAUGAAGUACUUGGAGUUACGAAAGAUGCUGGUGAUGAAGAUUUGAAAAAAGCUUAUAGAAAGCUUGCCUUGAAGUUUCAUCCAGACAAAAACUACGCACCUGGAGCAACAGAUGCUUUUAAAAAGAUUGGAAACGCUUAUGCUGUUUUAAGCAAUCCAGAAAAACGAAAACAGUAUGACCUCACAGGCAGUGAAGAACAAGCUUGUAAUCACCAAAACAAUGGCAGGUUUAAUUUCCAUAGAGGUUGUGAAGCUGAUAUAACUCCAGAAGACUUGUUUAAUAUAUUUUUUGGUGGGGGAUUUCCUUCAGGUACUGUACAUUCGUUUUCCAAUGGACGAGCUGGUUAUAGCCAUCAUCAUCAACAUCGACACAGUGGACACGAAAGAGAAGAAGAAAGAGGAGAUGGAGGUUUUUCUGUGUUUAUCCAGAUGAUGCCCAUUAUUGUACUGAUCCUCGUGUCAUUAUUAAGCCAAUUGAUGGUCACUAAUCCUCCUUAUUCCUUAUAUCCCAGAUCGGGAUCAGGGCAAACUAUUAAAAUGCAGACAGAAAAUUUGGGUGUUGUGUAUUAUGUCAACAAGGACUUUAAAAAUGAAUAUAAAGGAAUGUUAUUACAGAAGGUAGAAAAGAGUGUGGAAGAAGAUUAUGUGACUAAUAUUCGAAAUAAUUGCUGGAAAGAAAGACAGCAAAAAACAGAUAUGCACUAUGCAGCAAAAGUAUACCGUGAUGACCGGCUCCGAAGAAAGGCAGAUGCCUUGAGCAUGGACAACUGCAAAGAAUUAGAGCGGCUGACCAGUCUUUAUAAAGGGGGAUGAACUGGAAUUUUUAUUUAUACCUUUCACUCUAUUAUUUCUGUAAGUUUAGUAUCAUCAUGAGAGAUGAAGAAAAAGAUUUGCUGGUAAAAACUUAUCUGAGUGGUUGGUUCCCAGAAUCUUGGACUAUUUAUGACCCACUGGCUCCUUUAAAUAGUAAGAACUGAAAACUAAAAUUAAUAUUUUAGUUAUGCCUCUGUGAUUAUUUUCAUGUCAAAGCUUAUAUGAUUCCUAACUAAAAAUGUCUUGAGAGAGGAUUGUCACACCUGUAGCAAUUUCCAGUUUUAGUGAUUCUCCAUCUUUUCCCUUGUCUUGUAAAUAUUUACGGAAUGAUCAUUUUGUGUACAUAAAGUUUAUUGCCUUUUUAUUUAAAUUCUUUUAGUGUUUAGCUCCAUGAGACACUUCAGAUUAAAUUAAUGGAAUAAAUGUUAUAUGACAUAAUUACAUUUUCUUUGUUAAGGUGUCAAAUAUGUGGAGUUUAAACAAAGAAACUUUU